AUGGGGUUUGAUGUGCAAAAGUGUCGGCUUUGGUAUGAAAACAAUGGUCUACUGCUACAAGUGUUCUUUGAAACACUAAAAUACGAAUUGUAUGUUGAAAAGCCGAGUUAUGGGAUCUCCGCUGCACUGAAUGAUCUUGGAGGACACGCUGGUCUUUGGCUGGGAUUAUCUGUGAUUUCUAUAGUGGAGGUAUGCGGGCUAAUUAUUCUACUCGUAAUGUAUUGUGUAACAUGCGGAGGUCUCAAAACCCGUCCUGAUGACGAUGACUUCGCAGCCGAUGAGCGUAUUCAGGAUGUAGAGGAAGUGAAAAAAGAACUGGACAUAGCUGAUGAGAAUGAGAAAGAUCUCGACUUAUCAGAUGAGGAAGAUGAGCCAACUCCAAACAAAGAAGAAAAUGCAAAGGAGAAAUGA